AUGAAAUUGACUUUCUCUGCACAGGGAAAGUCAUUGGAGUAUGGACAAAAGGAUGGCAAUAAUGAUCAUGGAGACGAUAUGCAUGGGAUCGUUUCAGAGCCUACUAAGUUGAACAUUGAUGAUAACAAUCAUAAAGAGGCAUUGACUAUAGGAACCUCUUUAGGUGGUAUCCACAACAACAAGACUCACGCAACAAUAUCUUCCAAGGUUGUUAAGAAGGCACAAUCACAUAGCCUAAGACAUUGA